AUGUGGCGGGUGCUGGUGCCUUUGCCCGCCCUCUCCCCCACCAUGCAGAUGGGGACCAUUGCGCGUUGGGAGAAGAAAGAGGGGGAGAAGAUCAACGAGGGAGACUUGAUUGCAGAGGUAGAGACAGACAAAGCAACGGUGGGGUUUGAGAGCAUGGAAGAAUGCUACCUGGCCAAGAUCCUGGUCCCCGAAGGAACGCGGGAUGUUCCCAUUGGAUCCAUCAUCUGCAUCACUGUGGACAAGCCUGAACUUAUUGGCGCCUUCAAGGAUUAUACUUUGGAUUCAGCAGCUGCCACCCCAUCAGCCUCGGUACCACCCCCACCUCCUCCAGCUGCUCCCCCCAAACCAGCAGCUCAGCCAUCUGCACAAGCUCCAGGCAGCUCCUAUCCUCCCCAUAUGCAAAUUCUUCUUCCUGCCCUCUCUCCUACAAUGACAAUGGGCACCGUGCAGAGGUGGGAAAAGAAGGUUGGCGAGAAGCUGAGCGAAGGAGAUUUAUUGGCAGAAAUUGAGACAGACAAAGCAACAAUAGGCUUUGAAGUGCAAGAAGAAGGUUACCUGGCAAAGAUCUUGAUACCAGAAGGCACCCGAGACGUCCCCUUGGGAACCGUUCUCUGUAUCAUUGUGGAGAAGGAAUCGGACAUUCCUGCUUUUGCAGACUACAGAGAUGUUGGGAUCGCUGAUAUCAAACCUCCCGUGUCCCCACCGCCUCUGCCCCCAAGCCCAGCAGCAGCUGUUUCAGCCCAGCCUGUUGCCUCUCCGGUCAAGACUCCUGCACAUAAAGGGAGGAUAAUAGUGAGCCCUCUGGCAAAGAAAUUAGCCGCAGAGAGAGGAAUCGAUCUCUCGCAGGUGAAAGGUACAGGGCCAGAGGGACGGAUCACAAAGAAGGACAUUGACUCAUUCGUGCCAUCUAAAGUUGCCCCGGCCCCGGCACCGGGUGCGGUUCCUCUGGCUGCACCAUCUCCCACAGUUGCAAGAGGAGUGGCUGCAGCUGCCCCCACAGGUGUCUUUACUGAUAUUCCCAUUAGUAAUAUUCGAAAGGUGAUUGCCCAGCGUUUGAUGCAGUCUAAACAAACGAUACCUCACUAUUAUCUCUCUGUUGAUAUAAACAUGGGAGAAAUAUUGGUGCUGAGGAAAGGACUCAACCAGGAGAUGCCACAGAAUACCAAGCUCUCAGUCAACGACUUCAUUAUUAAAGCUUCAGCUCUGGCCUGUUUGAAGGUGCCUGAAGCGAAUUCUUCGUGGCUAGAAACAGUCAUUAGGCAAAAUCACGUAGUUGACGUAAGCGUGGCGGUCAGUACUCCAGCAGGGCUUAUAACGCCAAUUGUGUUUAAUGCACACACAAAGGGGUUGGCCUCCAUUAACCAAGAUGUUGUCACAUUAGCCAGCAAAGCGAGGGAAGGCAAGCUUCAGCCCCACGAGUUCCAGGGAGGAACCUUCACAGUCUCAAAUUUAGGAAUGUAUGGCAUUAAGAAUUUUUCGGCUAUAAUCAAUCCACCGCAGGCUUGUAUUUUGGCAAUUGGUGCCUCUGAGAAAAGGCUGGUCCCGGCAGAUAAUGAAAAAGGGUUCGAUGUGGCCAGUGUCAUGUCUGUGACCCUCAGCUGUGACCACCGUGUUGUGGACGGGGCAGUGGGGGCCCAGUGGCUCGCAGAAUUCAAGAGAUUCCUGGAAAAACCAGCUACGAUGCUGCUAUAGUUUCUCAAGGACUUUGGCAACCUAAUCGCUUCAUUCUAAAGAAGCUAUUUAUAUAUCGAAGGGUUAGACUUUAAAAAAAAUGUUUCCUUCUUUUAUUUUUUAAAAAAAGUCUAUAAACAGUGACUGGUAAUUUUGAUUUACCAGUCAUAGAGAUUUAAAGGUUCUGCGGGGGGCCUUCCGAAGCCAAGUACAGCUGCGCUCUAUCUUAUUCAGUGGAUGAAUUUGCAAACUUUUCCCCAGUUGUUGAAAAUAAUCAUGUGUUGUAAUGCUUCUGAUCACAAUGUUGCAGGGUAUCACAGGCUCCUACCCACCCCACCAGCUAGAUGGCUCAGCCUUCAUUUUCAAUAAAACUAGGGAUUUGAAUAUGAAAUAACAAAAAAUGCAAACGUAGAUGUAGCACAAUUUAAAUUUUCAGCAGAAAAAAUCGACCCCUCCCCCCAUGUGUUCUAAAUACUGCAAAAAAAGAUGGAUCAGAGCAGUUGACAUUCUAACUUUGCAAAAUUCAACUGUUAGACUUUCCAGCAACGGGAAUCCUUUUAGCGCACUGCAAGAGAAAAUGAAUGUUUGAGCCACACCACCUAAACUGAAUGGCUCUUUGAAAUCCUUCUGACGAUUUGCCUUAUGUGAGUUUCCGUAAUUUAAGCAUGUGUUGUUUUGCUUCCUUUCUAGGUCAGUAAAUGCUGUUUUACUCCAAGCAGAAGUCAUUUGUUAAGGGAACUGGUGAAACUGGGUUCAAUUAAAGAUAAACAACAUAUGGACUCUCAUUACAGACUCCACCAUAGGCUUCUCCCCCCGCUUAAUGGUCUAGGCUGGGCAGUCUGGGACUUUUGUCCCAUUAAAAGGAACGUGAGAGUGCAUUUCCAUCAUUUAAGCAAGAGUUGUGUACAGGAAUGUUAAAAAAACCUUUCCUAUUGCGUUUUGAGUGUGCAGUCUUGUGAAAUGUCCUAUCCCGCAUGCGAAACUGCUGUUUCCCAUGCAAAAUGGGCUGUCUUAAGCAGGAAGCACUCCAGAAGUUCUCAAAAUCAGCCCAUAUUGCAGCUGCACCUGGGCCUCUAGCAGCCUUGCAUUUGAAAUGGGACGUUGACCUCAGAAUAGCUGAAAUAAAAACUUUUGCAUGCCCCUAAUUGUAUGAAAGGAGGAAAACCCCGGUGCCUUGUUAUCAACUGGCCCAACCAGAUGUGAAUUGUGCUUGAAUUCCACUGAAAUCAGUAGGACAAUUAGGCCCCAUUCUUUCAAAUUCAAAGAAAUCAGAACCACAUUUUUACUGGAUCUGGUUGCUGUUCUGGAACAACUUUGCUUUCUUGUCCAUCCCAGGCUCAAGAGAAACAGAAUUUCAUAAGUCAUAUAAAUAUGUACAUCUUUGCUAGAAAUGGAAUUUCUUUUAAAAAGGGCCCAGUCACGUUUUUAAUUGUGUCCUAGGUAUACAGAGACGCUAAUGGGAAAUGCCUCUUGUUUUCCAAGGAGAAGCUAAUUUUAAAAGGUGGAUCAUGUAACUGCUAAGUGAUGUGACCUGAGCAGCCAAGUAGACCAUUACCCGAUUCACCCCAUGUUAAUCUGUAUGUCACCACUUCAUUAAAUAUUGUCUCUUGUCAAUUUGCGCUACCAAAUCCACUACAAAUAUAUACAUGCAAUUAAAUAUUUUUUUUCUGAGAACCAAUUUGUUGAGUUGGUUGUAAUUCAACCAUUUGGAAACAAAAGUGCUUAAAACAUCUUAAGUUGGUAACAGAUUGGCAUUAAAGGUUUGAUGUUCUUUAGACUGCUA